GUAUAUUGGUUAUCCUAAACACCCUGAAGAUGAUCAAUUUGGAAUAUAACAUGAUGAGUGGAGGAGAACCCAUAGAUCAGUACAAGUCCGUUUAUGUGAGUAUCGCUAGGGGAGUUAUUAUGCUGUACAGCUUGUGUUCUUCCAUUUAUUUUUACUUUGUGCAUAUUCAGCUGAACACUGUGAAAAAGAGAAAUAUUAUUGCAAAGGAUGAGAUGGAAAGGAUUCUUGUGAAUGACUUGAAAUGCAAAAAGUACCAAAUUUUCGGUGCAGAGAUGGGAAGCAAUUUGCAAGAGACGGACAUAAGUACGAUGAAUAAUGAUUCGAUACCACCUGAUGGUAAAAGUACUCUCAAUUGGAACCAGUCCUACAAUAGGCUAAGCGACUCGGAUGAUGUGUUCAAAAGCACGAAGAAGAAAAAGAGCUGGUGCAAGAGGAAGGUCGCUCAGAUGGGCAACGCAUUUAUCGAGAAGAACGUGAAGGAGGCCCUCCUCAAGAAGAACAAGAACUACCUCCCGGAUAAGAAGAUGCAAGGCGGGAAUGGUAGUGCUGGCGGUAGUGCUGGUGGUAGUGGUGGCGGUAGUGCUAACGGCGGAGGCAGUGGUGGGAACAAUGGCGCCUCUUCUUCCUCCCCCUCUGCCAAAUCCAACUCGAACAUAAGCUUCCUGGAGGACAAGCUAACGUACAAAGAAUUCAGUAACAUUCUACUGCCCUACAUGUGGCCCAGCAGGAGAGUAGACCAAAAAGGAAACAGCCUAAUUCUACGCACAUACGUUGUUAUUAUAUUCCUGUUGAUUAUCCUAUCAAAGGUAUUCAGUGUGAUCUGCCCAAUAUACCUAGGACUAGCCUCCAACGAAGUGUUGAAAAAAGACAUGAAGAAUUCCGUAUUUUAUCUCACCAUGUAUGUAACCUUUUUUUUCAUCUCCAAAUUUUUAAAAGAGAUGUGUGGGAUUUUAUAUUCACAAAUACAGCAAUCAGCUUUUAUCGAAUUACAAGAAUCGAUUUUUCAGAAAUUUCACAACUUGUCAUAUGAAUGGUUCUCCACGAAGAAUGCAGGUGGGAUAAUGAGGAUUGUAGAUAGAGGUACCGAAAGUGCAAAUAGCUUGAUGAACUCAUUACUGAUGUAUAUCAUUCCAGCUACCAUAGAAGGUAUUGUUACUUGUAUCAUUUUUGUAAUUAAAUAUAAAAAUAGCGUUUUGGGGAGUGUCCUCUACCUGGGACUUACUCUCUAUAUAUAUGCUACUAUUAAAAUAACAAAGUGGAGAAAGAAGAUAAGAAGUAAGGCGAAUAAAAUGGAUAACGUCUACCAUGACAUUGCUCAUGAUUCUUUAAGUAAUUAUGAAAAUGUAAAAUAUUUCAGUAAUGAAAAUUACGAAAUUAAGAGGUUCUGUAGUGCAUUAUCGAACUAUAAUAGAUAUAAUAUGAAGAUCCUGAACAGUUUGGGUGUACUUAAUAGUAUACAGCAGUUCAUCCUAAACGCCACUUUAUUUUUCACUCUUUUCUGUGUAAUUCGUAUGAUUGUAAAUGAUGGAGCUGAUAGUGGUACCUUCAUCAGUGUGGUAGUAUACACAUCCAAUGUGUUUGCCCCGUUAACCAUUCUAGGAACUCUCUAUGCAAAUAUAGUAAAAUCUUUUACAGAUAUAAGUGAUUUGACAGACAUUUUGAGAGAAAAGGUAGACAUACCAGAGGACUCCGACUUAGAAGCGUUCACCCUGACCUCACAUGAAAAAAAAUUUGGAGUCAGUAUUCAAUUUGUUGAUGUUAAUUUUCACUACCCAUCUCAACCUUUGCAUAUGGCACUGAAGGAUGUUAACAUAUAUAUACAGCCGGGUACUACUUGUGCUAUUGUUGGUCAUACUGGUUCAGGAAAAACGACAAUUUCGAAACUACUUUACCGAUUUUACGAUGCAGAGGGAGAAAUAAAAAUUGGAGGAAGGAAUGUAUCAGAGUAUACAAGAAAUUCUAUUAGAAAUAUCAUCGGAAUAGUCCCUCAGGAUACUAUCCUUUUUAACGAGACGAUACGUUAUAACAUACUUUAUGGAAAGCUAGACGCAACAGAGGAACAGUUAAUUGAUGCUGUCAAGUCUGCUCAGUUGUACGAUUUUAUUAUGUCUCUUCCGAAGAAAUGGGAUACUGUUGUUGGAGACAAGGGGGUCAAACUGUCUGGUGGUGAGAGACAAAGGAUCGCCAUAGCUAGAUGCUUACUGAAAGAUCCAAAAAUUGUUAUUUUUGAUGAAGCUACUAGCUCAUUGGACUCAAAAACGGAAUUUUUGUUUCAAAAAGCUGUAGAAGAUUUAAGAAAAAACAGAACCCUAAUUAUAAUUGCACAUAGACUUAGUACCAUUUCCUCCGCAGAGUUAAUUAUUCUGUUAAAUAAAGGUAGAAUUGUGGAGAGAGGAACCCAUCAGCAUUUGCUCAAAUUGAAUGGAGAGUACACGGAGAUGUGGAAUAUGCAAUCUAGAUCGAAUGACCUUUUUACGGAUGAUAAUUUUUCAAAUGAUGACAAUAGGAGUGCUCCUGCGUUGACUAGACAGGGGGGAGACACGUCUGAGCUUGGACCCGAUGGGUUGAAAACAGGCGUCGGUCGUGUUGGCAAGGCUAGCAGUGCAAGGAGUGCCUUCUCAGGUAGUGGCGAACAGGAGGAUAACUACGGCCGCCGCAAGAAGGGAGGUGGGCAUCUCGACAUGCACAGCAUUGUGAAGGAAGCCGCGAGGAGCGCCGUCAGGGCCGGCCGUGCCAGCAUGGCGAGAGGUAAUGAAGCCAGCGGCAGUAAAGCCAGCGGUAGUAGAGCCAGCAGCAGAAAAGCCAGCAGCAGAAAAGGCAGCAGCAGAAAAGCCAGCAGCAGCUGCAGCAACGCGGCUGGAAGUGUGACCAAUGCCAGAGCCAGCGAUGUCAACAGAGUCGGCAGCAUGAACAACAUGAGCGGCAUCGCCAAUGUGAGCGACUUCGCCAGCGGCAGGAGCAUCUUCAGCCCAAGCAACCAAAACGUGAACAGCGUCUAUGGAGGCGCUAACGAAAACUAUAGCACCAUUUACGAGGCCAAGAAGGAGAACGAUGUCAGUAUUUUUAAGGGUAGCGACGCCAGCAACGAUACUGUGCAUAGCAGCUGUGGCGACGGCAGCAUGAGGAGUGGAGGCGCGCAGGGUGGAAGUGCGCCGGGUGGAAGCGUUCGAGGUGGAAGUGUGCAGAGUGGCAGGCAAAGUGAUCGAGGAAGUGCGCAGAGUGGAAGGCAGAGUGACCGUGGAAGCGUGCACAGCGGAAGGCAAAGUGAUCGAGGAAGCGUGCACAGCGGAAGGCAAAGUGACCGUGGAAGCGUGCACAGCGGAAGGCAGAGUGACGCCGCCUCCAGCAUCAAGGUGAACGACCCCGAGCACGUAAGGAACGAAUUGGGCAGUGUGCGAAGCAGCAACGGGCAUGUCGAUGAGGCCAACAUCGCCGUUGGAGAAGCGAGCGCAGAACACGUUAGCGAAGAACACGCUAGCGCAGAACGCGCGAGCGUCGGAGUCAGCGGUGAGCAUGUCAGCGUCGGCGCGGGCAGUAGCGAAAACAGUGUCAUAGAUGGCGGAGAGCAUAUAACCAUGGAGCCAGUCAGCAGCGAGCAAAUAACGGUUGGCAGGGAAGAGCAGAAUAGUGCGCUUGACAGCAGUGCGUAUAGCGGGCUGGACAGCGGCAACACCCCAUUGGAUAACGACACCAAUCCUAACAGCUACAAUAGUAGCAGCACGAACAACGAGCUUGACAUACGUGGAGAAGACAACAAUAUUAACAAUGACGCGAAUACCUUUAGUGGAAGUGGAAGCAACGGCAACAACAUCAGCACGAACGAUUUGGACAACCAAGACUACAGCAGUGGCUUCCAGGUCGACUACCAAGUGGACGUAAGCGAACCGAGUAACAUACACGAGCAAGAAAACGUAUACGACAGGACAACGGCGAAUGAACAGGUGAACGUGAACCACUCGACGAUUGCUAACGACCCGACGAUUGCUAACGACCCGACGAUUGCUAACGACCCGACGAUUGCUAACGACCCGACGACUGCGAACGACCCGACGACUGCGAACGACCCGACGACUGCUAACGAGCACUCCGUCAGUUACGAUUACAAUGCCGCCGCGCUGGACCAUGACUAUAGUUACGACAACGGGGCUGACGACGAUGAUUAUUGA